AUGGCCCCGACGAUUCAGAACCAGCGGAACAUCAAUUUCGCGACAUCUGAACCCUCGCAGUCUAAUGAAAUGAACCCUGUCUCAUUGGAUGAUACUUCAGAUGAAAUCCGUCAAGCCUCUCUGGACCUUAACGCUCCAUUACCUGACACAUGGCCACCAUUCGAUUUGGAGAAUAUGCAAUUUACAGAGGAUACAAUAGCAGAUGACCUUUGGUCUUAUCCAAAUGAGACUGGGAGCUCUCUGCCAUGGGAUGGAGAUAUAACACAACUUCUAGAGCUCGAAACAAUUCAAUCUCUCCCGACCGGGUUUACUUCAACUUCCGACCAAUCUAUUCCAAAACAUCUCGAUCCCAUCCAACACACCAAAAAUAAAUCAAGUCCAUCCGCAGCGAGCAGUCAAUCGCAUUCCACUUCUUCAGAAAGAGUAUGGCCCAAUAGUUCCAAUGAAGACGAGCGUUUAAUGUCCCUAAACCUGGAUAAUAGGCUUUAUAGCCCCUCCCACCUCAUCUUCGGGCACACAUUCACGGUCGGUCUGGGACGUCAAAUCCGGACUGAUCCAAACAAUCUGUGUCAGGAGAUACUCAAGCAUCUGCGGGAAUAUCCCAGUCUCAUUCUCGACCGAGACUUCUGGUCCCCCUUCGUCCACCACACAUUAUACCGUUGUUCUUUGGGCAGGAUGGCACCACCAAUGGCAGAUGCCUUGGCGUGUGUAGGUGCCUAUGCAAGCACAGCAGGCUCAGGUUCUGGUUUUGUCGAUCGUAUGAUAUCUGGAGAGCGGGAAAAGCUUGUGCGGAAUUUCCACGGUUAUACCGCUACUCCGGAGUUCUGCCUGGCUGCUAUGCAUGCUGUAUGCAUUUAUCAGAUUCUAGGACUCUUCGGUGACAGCUUCUUACCAGCUGCUGUUAAGAAGCCAAUGUUUAGCAAUCCAAGCGAGGAGCCACGGCAGGAGUUUGAGAGAUCUGCCGAACUCUAUAGCUCAUUUUUGUUGAAGAUGACCCGACGACUAUCGACUAUCCAUUCAAAUGGCCUUCAAAUCCACCACGACGAUGAAAACGAUUGGAACCAAUGGAAAUUCAUGGAAUCCCUUCGUCGGAACGUCUUCUUCGUUCAUAUAAUCAACAUCCUGGAGUCGAAGACAAAAAAGUUAAACGAGAACUACUUUGAGCCAUUGAACGACAAUAUGAUUCUCAGACUUCCACUUCCUGCCCCGGAACAAAUGUGGCGGGCAUGCAGUGCCGAAGAGUGGAUGCUUGCGCGUGUACAAACAUUAGGAUGUCCGAUUUCAUCCAAGCCUCCUAGAGAUGGUGGUGGAGCGACUCUUCGGACACUGGGGAAUGUUUUGCAGGAAGCUCACGCGGGAAAGGUGGAUGUCGCGUCGUUGUUACCACUUACUCGCAUGAUCCUGGCUAGUGCUAUUAUUUCCCCGCCAGGGAAUGCAUCGUUCUAG